UAAGUGAGAAAAGCGAAGUGGAGAGAGAGAGAGAGAGAUGUACAUAUACCAUGACAUAUACAACACUCUCGUGGAUCUGUUAUACUGUGGAGCACUAUUUGGGUUUUGUUAAAGGCUUUCAGUUUCAAAACUGCGGCUUUGGUUCUUUGUAUCUUAAGCUGAUGAAGGCAAAGCAAAAAGAUAGAAGAAAAACCCUAUUUUUCUGCCAUUUUUGAAGCUUUAUAUUAAGAUUCAUCUAUAUUUUAUUUUAUUUUAUUUUUGAGAUGAACCCAUUUCAGUUUUUCAGCUCUUGAACCCUAAAGUAAAGUUUGUUCCUUGAUCUACUUUUGCAUGUUGAUCAGAACAUGCAUUGUAAAGAUUGUGCAAAGCAGGUUUGCCUUUAGCAGAGAUGUCGUUUAGUGCAGAUACGGAAGAUCUGCAUGAUGAUGGUUUUGAGGGGUCACAUGACGAGCAUGGCAUUUUUUCGAAGGUUUUCUUUGAAAAUGGUGUUGGCAGCACAAGUAAAAGAUGUCCUGUUGCUGGUGUAGAUAAUUUUGAAUGUAAGCAUAGCAAGAAAUUAGAUGCAUCAUUGUGUUCAAAUAGUGCAAAUUCAGCUGUAACAAGCUGGUCUUGCUCGAAAAAUUUAUGCCAGGAGGAUACUAACGCAGUAAUUGAGAGUUAUGGUGGAGUUUGUGCAUUGGGUAGCUUUCUUGACAGAAAUGCUCUGGCUGAGAGAGAUGACCUGGAUGCAAGUGUCAAGCGAAUUAAGUUUUCUGCAGCUGAAGUUUCUAGGGAUAAAGCGGAAAGGAGAAUGGUUUUGCAUGCACCAUUGCAGCAGAACGAAAUUGUUAGUGGAUUGUACUCGAAAUCUCUGGGUUCUGUUUAUCAGAAAGUUACACCUGAUUUAAUUGAAUCAUCUGCUCAGGGGUUUACAUCUAGUGGCCAUCUGUUGAAGCAGUAUGUGAAAGGGGGCAGAGGUACUAAAACGAAAGAUAAGGAUAUUACCAAGUCUAGGAUACAAGACUUAGAUGCAAGUGACAGAAAAGCAGUGAUAGGUAAAGCUAUAGCUUCACCAGUUUCACAGGAGAGCUUUGCAUCAAAGCUUGUGGUUUCUAGUCCUGCCGCUGUUGUGGAGAAGUUCGAGUCUCCUUUUAGUGUGGAGGAACAACUUAGUGGAUUUCAAUCAUCUGGAGUGGGCAGUUCUGAUAUAUCUGGGGUAAUAGACUCUAAGAAGGAUCCUCGUCCUCUUCUUCAGACCCAUGUUUUUCGCAUACUAAGAAGUGCAGGCUGGUCUAUUGAGAGACGUAAACGAUCCUGUAGGACUUAUGUUGAAACAGUUUAUAGAUCACCUGAGGGGAGGCUAUUUCGUGAAUUCCCUAAUGUUUGGAGGUAUUUUGGGCAGGUUUUGUUUUCUGAUAGCUGCAACUUCGUGCUGGAUAAUGAUGGUAAGAAAUGGACUGAUAUGAGCCAGUUCUGGUCUGAUCUAUUAGAUACAUUGGCGAAUAUUGAGAAAGAACUUAACCAACCUAAUGUUUCUUAUACAUUGGCUCAUUAUUGGGCUAUAUUAGAUCCCUUUGUGAAUGUUAUAUUUGUUAAUAGGAAGAUUGGUUCAUUAAGAAAGGGAGCUGAGGUUAAAGCAGGGAGCAGUUUAGCUACUCAAAUUAACAAGAAAAAUGGUGUUGUUUUAGCACGGAGAAAAAAUGUUACUAAGGAAAAGUUCUGUUCUCAGGGACAUAUGUCAACUCAGCUUCAUGAUUCUUCUCUGGCUGCUGAAAGCUCGUUGACAGCUUCUGAGAGGAGUUACAACACCUGUAAUGGCCUAUCCGGCAGUGGAAGUUUGUCAAGGGCAGUGAGACGUCUGAAAGGUGUACGUGUUCCUCAGGCAGACCAAGUAAGUAUGUGUUUGGAAGAUACUGCCAACAGGCCAGAAACUUUUGAUUGCAAGGUCAAAGGUCAGCGUAUUGCUUCAUCAUAUGCUUGUGGGUCAGAUAGCACCCAUGGCCUGCUAGGCAAUUUUAAGUAUAUUGAUUGUGUUGCAUCUGGGGAUGUUUCCGACAUACUUCAGGGUUCUGUAUCUGCUGCCCCUUACCAAUAUAGCAACAUAAGUUCUCCAAGUUCUAACAAACAAAGAUCUGAAUGUAACGUAAAAACUCCUUCUGAACUUCCAGGAGAUUUAUCAUUCGAGUCUCUGGAGGAAAAUGAUAAAUCAUCUGGAGCUCAAGAUACUGGCAAGGUUGGAAAGCUUCCACAGCAUUUACUGUAUGACCAUCCAAGUUACCUUAGUGAUGGCCUUCUGCAGUCUGGGUGUGAUGAGUACCAGUUUGAUAAGCUCACUGAUGCUCUGAAGUUUGAAACAAAGGAUGAAGGUUCUGCCCUGGGUGUUAUUUUGAAAAAGAAGGCUUGCAGGAGAUCUAGAAAGAUAUCUGAAAUUAGAUUAACCGCAUUAAACCAAAGUGGUUUUUUAUGGUCUUAUCCUCCUGGUAUGAAUGAUCAUCGUGAUACUAACAUAUGCCAGGCUGAGUUAAAUUCAAAAGAGGCCCAAGAAUCCUUUGUAACCAAAGGAAACCUACAGAAGUCCUCAUCUCUUGGCUCUUGCCUACAUCAAGUGAAGAAAAAAGGUUCGAAGUUUAAGAGGAGUUUUGGCACUCGUGAUGGUUCUAAAUACAGACAAAAGAAAUCAACUGAAUGCCAAAUUCAAGACGAUGACCUGUUGGUUUCUGCAAUAAUAAGAAACAAAGACUUAGGCUUGGGUGCUACCAGGUCUAAAUUGAAGGGCCCCAAGAAAAGACCUCGGACCAAGUUCAAGAGCAAGAAGAGCCGCUGCAAGUUGCUUCCUCGAAGCAUUGGUAAAGGAGGGAAGCAUAUUACUGAAAUUAAAUUGUAUAAUAUCGGAUCCAGGACUGUGCUCUCGUGGUUGAUCUUAGCUGGGGUUAUUUCUCUGAAUGAUGUCAUUCAAUAUCGGGACCCCGAGGAUGAUUCUAUCGUGAAAGAUGGUCUUGUUUCCUGGGAUGGAAUAGUGUGCAAUUGUUGCAAUAGGGUGCUAUCAGUUUCUGAGUUUAAGACUCAUGCUGGAUUCAAAUUCAAUCGUCCCUGCAUGAAUCUUUUCAUGGAAUCUGGUAAACCUUUCACUUUAUGUCAGCUGCAGGCAUGGUCUGCUGAAUACAAGACCAGGAAAAAUGGGAUCCAGAAGGUGGAAGCAGAUGACAAUGAUCAAAAUGAUGAUUCUUGUGGUCUAUGUGGGGAUGUUGGUGAACUGAUUUGUUGUGACAACUGCCCUUCUACUUUUCAUCUGUCUUGCCUGUUUAUGAAGGAACUACCAGAGGGCAAUUGGUAUUGCUCAAAUUGCACUUGUCCGAUAUGUGGCAACUUUGUUAAUGAUAAAGAUGCUUCGAGUUCAUUUGAUUCAUUCAAAUGUUCGCAGUGCGAGCACAAAUAUCAUAAGGCAUGCCUGAAUGAUAAAAGUGAGCUUGAAGAAAAGGUUUCUGAUACUUUGUUUUGUGGAGGAAGCUGCAAGGAGCUGCACUUGGGUCUUAGUUCUCGUCUCGGGAUGAUUAAUCACCUCUCUAAUGGCUUUUCUUGGACACUUCUUAGAUGUAUUCAUGAAGAUCAGAAAAUUCAUUCUGCUCAAAGGUUGGCCCUGAAGGCAGAAUGCAACUCAAAACUGGCUGUUGCUCUGUCUAUCAUGGAAGAAUGCUUUCUGUCUAUGGUUGAUCCGAGAACAGGUGUUGACAUGAGGCCCCAUCUCAUGUACAAUUGGGGGUCAGAAUUUGCACGCUUGAAUUUUUCCGGAUUUUACUCUCUUGUCUUGGAGAAGGAAGAUGUGGUUAUUUGUGUGGCAUCAAUCAGGAUACAUGGUGUAACAGUUGCGGAGAUGCCUCUUAUUGCAACUUGCAGCAAGUACCGUCGUCAAGGAAUGUGUCGAUCUCUUGUAAACGUCAUUGAAGAGCUGCUGAUCUCAUUCAAGGUGGAAAAGCUUGUGAUAACUGCCAUUCCGAAUGUUGUGGAAACAUGGACCAAGGGUUUCGGUUUCAAGCUGGUGGAGGAAGAGGAAAGAAAAGCACUUAAUAAGAUCAACUUGAUGGUGUUUCCAGGAACAGUAUUGCUGUCAAAGCCCUUGUAUCAAUCCCAAAAAACAGAUGGGCAAUCAGAAACCGGCAAUACAUCAUGUUUGCAACAAGAUAACUCAAUUGAACAUUUGAGACGCGAAGAACUAACCAACGUAGGCAUUCAAGCUGUAGGAGAUCAAUUAGCCGAUUCAUUACAGCAUACCAUUUAUGCAAAAGAAGCUUGUGCAAAAAUAGUAACCGAGUUUGUUGGAGACAAGACUCUGCAAGAAUCGGAAAUCAAUGGUACAAAGGAAAUAGCCAAUGCCGGUGGAGAGGAGCUGUGUGAUAACUUGGCCUUACGAGUUAUAGAAGAAACUACUAGACUAGUUAUCUGUACGAAGGGAAAGUCGGCAGACGAAUCUGUACAAUGCGCUGAUUGUAAUUUUUUGUCUGAAGAAGUUAGGAUCAAGCUGGAGGAGCGGCCUAAGGUCAGGAGUUGUCAAGAAUAUCCUGCUGGAGAAACCAACUCCGUGUCCCAAACUGAUGGUUGCUGUGGAGACAAUGAAGCUGACACUGUAAUGAAAGUGGAGUCUGUGCAGCAGUCGGAUCCUGUUUGUGUCGAUAACCAUAGUGCUAAAAUCGAUGAAGGGGUAGUUGUGACGCCAGAACAGUUUUUGGAGGUGUCCUGUGAAGAACAAGAAAUGGCAUUAGCUUCUUCUAGUGUUAAGGAAUCAUGUAUUUGUAAUGGAACACAGGUGUCUGUAGGGGAAACAGCUGCUGAAAGACUGUGAAUUGGAUGUAUAAGUAACAAUGUAACUGUAAAUUUUAGAAAAUCCCUUUUCAUGUGCUAUUUUUCCCUGUUUUGGGUACAAUUCUAUGUUAUCAUAAAUGAUCUAUCUUUUUGAA